AUGCCUCAACAACCUGAAAUGCUAUGGUUUGUUGACUUUGACGUAUGCGCCCAGAGGAAAGCUGUGGCUGGGGGAGGCCAACUUACAUCUGGGGCAAUCAUAGCAGACAUUGCAAUCUCUAUUCAGAAACAUGCCUUCAACAACACCCUUAGAGUCCUGGACUUGAAAGAAUACGAUGUCAUCUUGGGUUGUGAUUGGCUCUAUAAACAUAGCCCAUUUGCUCUCAAUUUGAAGACCAGAGAAUUUCUCAUUACCUUAGAAGAUGAUACUCUCCUCUCAUUAAAGGAUUGCACAUCUCAAGACGCGCACCAAACUCUUCCUCCGAUAUUUAAGCCUUACUGCAACAAGACUCUGAAGUCCUUCAGGAGCCCACUACACCCCCUCCUCACCAUGAUAUUGACCAUUCCAUUCCAUUGCAAGAGGGAGCAACCACACCCAACAUCCGUCCUUAUCGAUCGUGUGCCUCACAAGGUCCUUUUUAUUCUUACUUCAGACAAAGCUUCCGGAGCUAGACUGAAACAUCCUUCUACCAACCAAUCUUUUGCAAAGAAUUCGCCACCCUAUUGGAAUGUGGAAUGGAAAGUAUAA